AUGGGCAGCGUCGCUAACCCCAAGACCGGAACUUUCCUGUUCACCUCCGAGUCCGUCGGAGAGGGUCACCCUGAUAAGAUUGCCGAUCAGGUCUCCGAUGCCAUCCUCGAUGCCUGCCUUGCUGAGGACCCCCUCUCCAAGGUUGCUUGCGAGACUGCCACCAAGACUGGUAUGGUCAUGGUUUUCGGUGAAAUCACCACUCAGGCCAAGCUCGACUACCAGAAGGUCAUCCGUGGUGCCAUCCAGGACAUCGGCUACGAUGACUCCGCCAAGGGCUUCGACUACAAGACUUGCAACGUCUUGGUUGCCAUUGAGCAGCAGUCUCCCGAUAUCGCCCAGGGUCUCCACUACGAGGAGGCUCUUGAGAAGCUCGGUGCCGGUGACCAGGGUAUCAUGUUCGGUUAUGCCACCGACGAGACCCCUGAGCUCCUCCCCCUCACCCUUCUCCUCUCCCACAGACUCAACAGCGCCAUGAAGGAGGCCCGCAACGACGGCUCCAUCCCUUGGCUCCGCCCCGACACCAAGACCCAGGUCACCAUUGAGUACGCCCACGACAACGGUGCUGUCAAGCCCCUCCGUGUGGACACCAUCGUCAUCUCUGCCCAGCACAGCGAGGACGUCACCACUGAGGAGCUCCGUGCUGUCCUCAAGGAGAAGAUCAUCAAGAAGGUCAUCCCCGCUGAGCUCCUCGAUGACCGCACCGUCUACCACCUCCAGCCCUCCGGCCGCUUCGUCAUUGGUGGUCCCCAGGGUGAUGCCGGUCUGACCGGUCGUAAGAUCAUCGUCGACACCUACGGUGGUUGGGGUGCCCACGGUGGUGGUGCCUUCUCCGGUAAGGACUACUCCAAGGUCGACCGCUCCGCUGCCUACGUUGCCCGUUGGAUCGCCAAGUCCCUCGUCAACGCUGGCCUUGCCCGUCGUGCCCUCGUCCAGCUCUCCUACGCCAUCGGUGUCGCUGAGCCCCUCUCUAUCUUCGUUGAGACCUACGGCACCUCCGAGAAGUCCUCCGACGAGCUCGUCGAGAUCAUCCGCAACAACUUCGAUCUCCGCCCCGGUGUCAUCGUCAAGGAGCUCGACUUGGCCAAGCCCAUCUACUUCCAGACCGCCAAGAACGGUCACUUCACCAACCAGUCCUUCUCCUGGGAGAAGCCUAAGGCUCUCAAGUACUAA